AUGGCGGGGCAGCUGCCUCCCGUGUACCAGGGACGGUUCAGCGACAGGUUUCCCGAGCUGUCGGCAGUGAGUGCCCAUCGUUGCCGCGGAGCCGCCCUCCCGCUCCCUGCACCUUUCUGGGGCCGGGGUCUCGCGUGGGCUGAGAGGCUGGAGGAGGGACAGCAUGCCGGAAAGCUGCUUCCAACUGCCGAUACCGCUGCUGGCUGCCUCACUGAGGUUUUACCCAGGCCUAUUACUCCAACUACUGUGCGAAAGUUUCGAAAUACAACAAAUCCAGCUCCUGGCGUUGGAAGAAUAUUCUACGGCAGAGCAGAUGAUCCUGACAUUGCAUCUCAUAUGACACAUGGCAUAGAGACAUGCUUUUCACACAGUGCAGCUUCACUGAUAAAUCCACUUCCUAAAACUAUUUUUCAACAAAAAAUACAAGACAAAAAAGAAGCAAUCUACUUCAGUAACCGUCAAGCAUCCUUGGGCAGAUCACAUGAUCAAUCUUCUAUGUUACCUAAAGGCUUGGAUAUAAUUAAUACUACAUUUGGAAAAAAAGUCAUCCAAGGUGUAUCAGCUGGAGAGCUUAUAAAUCCACCAAAAACUUUCGUGGAAGUGGAUAAAGAAGCCAGAGAAGGACAUGAUCUGUACAUUGUAUCACACAGUGAUUAUUAUGUGGGGGAAGCAAUAAAUAGGAAGUAUGAUGCACCAAACUUCAGCAAGUCUUUUGUUUACGGAAUAAAAACCCCUCACUUUAAAGAUGGACGAGGUGUAUCCAAAUGCUUAAAUUGGCUCUAUGAUCUGCAAUCUGGAGCAGAAGCUAUGAAUGUUCCUUCAGGCCAUACAUUUGGAACGGUACUCUGUCCAGAUAAAUGUGGAGUCAGUGAUCUUCUUCACUGCCAGAUUCCAUGUGAGUUCCUCCAUGGUAAAGGCAGAGAGAAAGCUGUUUUGACUGCAGUUCGGCAAAGUUUGAAGAAAGCUAACUAUGAGAAUUUUGACAUGUUACUAGAAGCAUUCAGGCAUUAUGAUAAGAAUGGUGAUGGAACAAUAGACAAAGACAGCUUACGAAAGUCCUGUUUUCAGCUUAAUCUGAAUCUAGAUGACGAACUCCUUGAUUCCUUGUUUGACCAUUGUGAUUUGGAUAAAGAUGGCCUUAUUAAUUAUCUGGACUUUGCAAACUUUCUGAAUUGGAAAGACAAAAUGGCAGUUAAAAAGUUCGAAGAAAAAAUAAUUAUAAAAGGGAAAAAACUAGAUGCUUCUGUUCUGCCUGACAACACAAAGAUAAACAAUGAGCCAGUGCUCAAGAUGCAUGGAUGCAAGGAAGAUCUUGUGUUAAAAGAACUGGGAAGCUCAGAAAAGUCACCAAAACCACUUGAAAGAUCAACAGAUCAUGUAUUUACAAAUUAUCAAACAACUUCUUCUCAAUAUAAUGCUGUUGUAGGUGGUCUCCCAACAACCUGUUAUCCAGUGUGUGGCAUUCCAACUAUUCGUACAGAUCUUCCUGCUCCUCAAAUUCGCCACAUCAGUGACAGAACAAAUUAUGGUGAUCAGGCCAAUGCUUAUGCAUUAUUGUUCCCUUCUGUCUUCAGUCAAAAAGGAGUGUAUGAAAGAGACUUUUUUAAAACAAGACCAAAGGCAGAGGUCGUUGAUGAAGAUGUUGAACAAGACUGGCCCCAAAACCGAUCCCCGUGGAACUCCACUGGCCACAGGCCUCCAACUCGAUUCUGUGCCAUUGAU